GCAGCGGCGCCUCACGCAAGCAAUUAUUGGGAGCUGUUCUAUUUUUAUUAUAAUUAAUGGUGGCAUGAAUGAUUCUCUUUGCGAGACAUAUUAAGUCCACGUGUGUCAUGUUGCAUGAAGACAUUGUGCUGGAUUGUGGGACCUCAACUGAAUGAUGCUUCCAGCCUCGCGCAUAUUGAGAUCCAAAGCCUUACUAGGGACAGGGGUUGUUAUAUGGCUUCUCUUCUUAUUUCAUUACUGGAGGUCCGGAGAGACAGGGAUUUUGGGUCAUUGGCGAGGUAGUAGUGGCGCCGAUAAUUCUACGCUUGGCUUUCAAUCUAUCAUUGCGAUUGCCCCAAAGGAUGUUCCGGAUAGACUGAAAUGGAGACAACAGGGUCUGCUGGCAGCCGCGUCCCGGUCGAGGCUCGAUAUCACGAUACCCGAGAUAUCGGUGGCCACUGAAGAUCAGAUCGAGGCCCUGAUCAGGGAACAGAAUGGCGAGUCCGGCAGAGCGUUCGCCCUGUCGUGGCUCGGCCAUCUGAAUGCUAUUCGCGAAGCUAGCAAACAAGGGACGACGUUAAUCAUCGAAGACGACGCUGAUUGGGAUGUGAAUAUUAGACCAAAUAUGCCACUCAUCGCGUCCGGUAUGCGCAAUUUGACGCGGUACGGGAGGAAUGACACAACGAGUCCGACUUUUUUGCCAUAUGGCGAUAGUUGGGAUCUGCUUUGGUUGGGUCAUUGCGGAGAGAACAUCGAUUGGCAUUGGCCUAUGGUUCGCUUCGAAGACCCGCUGGUACCGCCCUAUAUCAACUCCUGGGAAAAGUCGAUCGCUCCUGAUCCAGGUCAUAUUCGCACCAUUCAUAAGUCCGUAGGGCCGAUAUGUAGCUUCGCAUAUGCGUUGACUGGUGAUGCAGCCACAAAGAUUCUAGCCGAGAAAGACCAAGGCACUGAGAGUUUCGAUAUCUGGCUACACAUUAUGUGCAAAGGAGAGAGGUUGCGGUGCUUGAGCGUCAAUCCAGAAUUAUUCCACCACCACGAAGCUGCAGGCCAUCGUGACAGCCUUAUCAAUGGGGAGAGUGAUGAGGAAGUCGUCGAGAAAGCCGUGACGCAGAAUAUUUGGCACAGCGCUCGGUGCAAUACAGAUCAGCGCGAGGAGCCUCUGAUUGAAUGCAUGGGAGAAGAUGAAAGAGGGAAAGGCGACUGGUAACAGUAUGUGAUCUAGUAAAUCUGGUCCCCAAUGCAGAUUAUGGGGUCGAUACAUCUUAAGGCUACUCCCGAUGAGUAACUGAUUCAUCUGCCUAAGAAGAUAUACGGCGAAUCUAGAGUAUGAAGAGCCUCUCCCUGCGCCUGAAGAGGCCAUCC